GGCUGCUGGCGCUGCAGGAGGAGCGGGCGGCAGAGCCUUACGCACCUCAGAGGAGCCCUGUGUCCUUCCAGAGGAUUAGAGGCUGGAAACGUCUACUUCUUGGAGUGAAAAUUGGACAAGAUGUCUGCCUAGGAAGACUUCUUCUACAGACUAGUCAUUUCAUUGAGCAGUAGCAGCCAUGCUAGAAGAUAAAGGGCCCAGAGUGACAGACUACUUUGUUGUAGCAGGCCUCACAGACACAUCGACGCUUUUGGAUCAAGAAAUUAAUCGUUUAGAUACCAAAUCCACCGGACCCAAAGCUCCAAUUACAGACAUUGCUGUUAUUAACACAUCAGCUGGGGAGAAGGUUCCUGAAGGUUACACCUGUGUUGAAGCCACUCCGUCAGCUCUCCAAGCAAACCUGAACCAUGGGAGUCUGAAAAGCCCAGAGCUUUUCCUCUGUUAUAAGAGGGGGAGAGAGAAACCACCUCUGAUAGACAUUGGAGUUCUAUAUGAAGGGAAAGAGAGGCUUAUUCCAGGAUGCGAAGUGAUCCAAGCCACACCCUAUGGUCGCUGUGCCAAUGUCAACAAUAGUUCAACUACUUCACAGAGAAUCUUUAUCACUUACAGAAGGGCUUCUCUGAGUCGGCCCCAGAAUUCUUUGGCUGUAACUGAUAUAUGUGUUAUUGUGACCAGCAAAGGGGAAACCCCUCCUCAUACCUUCUGCAAAGUUGACAAAAACUUAAAUUGUGGAAUGUGGGGCUCCAAUGUGUAUCUGUGUUAUAAGAAGUCUGUGCCUGCCUCUAAUGCAAUAGCAUAUAAAGCCGGUUUAAUUUUUAGAUACCCAGAAGAUGACUAUGAGUCAUUUCCACUCUCAGAGUCUGUACCUCUUUUCUGCCUUCCUAUGGGAGCUACUAUUGAGUGCUGGGAUCCCCAAACCAAGUACCCACUACCAGUCUUCUCCACUUUUGUGCUGACAGGUUCCUCAGCUGAAAAGGUGUAUGGUGCAGCCAUCCAGUUCUAUGAACCUUACUCUCGGGAGCUGCUGGCAGAAAAACAGCUGAUGCAACUGGGCCUGUUGACACCUGUGGAGAGAAAAGUGGUCUCCAAGUCCAUCAAUUCAAAUAAAUGCAUUUGUUUACUCUCACACUGGCCCUUUUUUGAAGCUUUUAAAAAGUUUCUCAUGUUUAUCUACAAACUUUCUGUGUCUGGACCACAUCCUCUUCCCAUUGAAAAGCACAUUUCGCAUUUUAUGCAAAAUAUUCCUUUUCCUUCACCACAAGGACCAAGAAUUCUUGUACAGUUGUCAGUCCAUGAUGCAUUGAUAUUAUCUCAACCAGUUUCUACACCUUUGCCACUAAGUGGAGCCAACUUUAGCACCCUGUUAAUGAACUUGGGCCCUGAAAAUUGCGCAACCCUGCUGCUCUUUGUUUUACUGGAAAGUAAAAUUCUGCUUCAUUCUCUGAGGCCGGCUGUGCUGACCGGCGUCGCCGAAGCAGUUGUAGCUAUGAUCUUUCCGUUUCAGUGGCAGUGCCCAUACAUCCCCCUGUGUCCCCUCUCCCUGGCUGGCGUACUCAGUGCGCCUCUACCCUUCAUAGUGGGUGUGGACUCCAGAUACUUUGACCUUCAUGACCCACCGCAAGAUGUUGUUUGCAUCGACUUGGAUACAAACAUGGUAUAUAUAUCAGACGAGAAGAAGAACAUGAACUGGAAACAGCUUCCCAAAAAGCCUUGUAAAAAUCUCCUUGGCACUUUAAAGAAACUGUGUCCCCAGCUCUGCUCAGUUCACCAGAAAACCCAAGAAGGUUCAGCAGUUGAGAUGACUCCAAUUGAAGCAGAUUUCUCCUGGCAGAAGAAGAUGACCCAACUUGAGAUGGAAAUUCAAGAGGCAUUUUUACGUUUCAUGGCUUCUAUUUUAAAAGGAUAUAGAACAUUUCUCAGACCAAUCACAGAGGCGCCCUCAAAUAAAGCCACAGCUGCUGAUUCGUUGUUUGACCGACAGGGAUUUUUAAAAAGUCGCGAUCGUGCCUAUACAAAGUUCUAUACUCUUUUAUCUAAAACACAGAUAUUUAUUCGUUUCAUUGAAGAGUGCAGUUUUGUAAGUGAUAAAGAUACAGGACUGGCAUUUUUUGAUGACUGCAUAGAAAAGUUGUUUCCUGAUAAAGGCACAGAAAAGACAGAUAAGGUUGAUUGUGAUUUAGCAGAAGAUACCAAAUUGAUGGAGUUAGAUGAUUCACAGAAAAGUGAGCACACUGUCUUCAUAACGCCACCAGAACCACCUGCCGAGGACGGGAAGGACCUCUCACCUAAGUACAGUUACAAAUACUUUCCAACACUGGACCUUAAGCUUUUUGACAGACCACAGGAGUUGAAACUUUGUUUUAGUAGACAUCCUACUGGAAAUAGCGUUACAAACAGCCCCGCUCUCAUGGCUAAGAGAACUAAACAGGAAAUAAAGACAGCUCACAAAUUGGCCAAGAGAUGUUUUACAAAUCCACCACAGUGGGCCAAGUGUCUGUUCAGUCACUGUUACAGCUUGUGGUUUAUCUGCCUCCCUGCCUAUGUCAGAGUUUCGCAUCUCAAGGUCCGAGCACUUCAGGAGGCAUAUGAUGUGCUUAUUAAGAUGAGAAAAACCGACGUGGACCCACUGGAUGAGGUGUGCUAUCGAGUAGUAAUGCAGCUCUGUGGACUUUGGGGCCACCCCGUUUUAGCAGUGAGAGUCCUGUUUGAAAUGAAAACUGCUAAGAUAAAGCCAAAUGCCAUUACAUAUGGUUACUAUAAUAAGGUCGUUUUGGAGAGUGCCUGGCCUAGCAGUACCCGCAGUGGUAUCUUCUUAUGGACGAAGGUACGGAAUGUGGUGCGUGGCUUGGCACAGUUCAGACAGCCACUUAAAAAGACUGUGCCCAAGGCACAGGUCUCCUCCGUGUCAGCUCCACGGGGUACUGCCGGCGGGAGUGACGGGGACACGCUGAGCCAUGGUAGUGUGGAUAGUUCGACUGACGCCAACAGUGGGGAGCACACGGUCUUCGUGAGAGACCUCAUCAGUCUGGAUUCCUCUGGUACCCACUCUAGCACAGGUGGCCAGUCGGACCAGGGCUAUGGGUCUAAGGAUGAACUGAUAAAGGGUGAUGCAGAAGUUCCUGUGCCUGAAGAAGAUGCAGCCACGCAAUCGACCGCCAACAUGAAAGUGCACACAGAGGCAGGCGACAGCCCCCACACUGUGACAGAGCAUUCACAAGCUAGUCCUGAGCCACAGAGUCCUCCCGAGCCUCCUGUGGGGGGCAGCAGCAUCGUCAAGUCUCCAUCUGGGAUAUUCGAGAUCCACAGCAGGAAAAAUAGCUCAGGUAAUCCACCGAAUGUGCUAUUUUCUACUGAAGACCCCGUGGAAGAUUCCACGUUUGGCGCAGCUAGUGGUCUGAAGAAGACCAGUGACCGAGGAGAAAAAAGACAGAAGCAUUUUGCAGAGCGGAGCUGUAGCUUCAGCUCUGAGAGUCGAGUCGGGAUGCUGCGGAAGAAAAGCAGCCUGGAUUUGAACUCGAGUGAAAUGGCCAUCAUGAUGGGAGCAGAUGCCAAGAUUCUGACCGCUGCAUUGACGUGCCCCAAGACGUCUCCGCUUCAUCUCUCCAAGACCCAGAGCUUCGAGUACCCUAGCUGCCAUCCAGCCGACUGUAGGACUCGUGGGUCUGAGAGCCCGUGGGAAGCAGAGCACAGGGCGCGGCCUGUGCUGGAGAUGCUUGAGGAGGGCCGGGAGCUCCUGGAACCCACGGUCAGGGAUGAAACUCCCACAGCCACGGAUGCCCGAAACGGCCUGCAGCAGGAGAGUAAUAAUAGGGAUCCGUGCAGAGACCUCCAAGCAGAGGCCGGAGACGCAGGAACUAAGAGGCACAGUUUUGGCAGUGUGGUUAAAACUGUCGAAAGGGAAGAUGUCGAGACUGGUUUGGAUCCUCUGUCUCUCUUGGCCACCGAGGAGACAGGAGCAAAAACACCUGAUUCAGAAGAUAAAACGUUUUCUCCCACUAUUGCGCGGAAUCUAGCUGAUGAAAUCGAAAGCUACAUGAACCUAAAAAGCCCCCUGGGGAACAAGUCUUCCAGCAUGGAGUUACACGGAGAGGCGGCCAGCACGGCGUCGGUUCACCCUCUGGAGAGAAGCUCCAGCCUGCCCUUAGAUCCCGGGCUGCCAGCGGAGGAGCGUCCUGAAAACGAGAAGAGCUCCCCUGUAGUGUCCAGGUCUAAAACCUUCGCUGGGCGCUUCAAGCAGCAGACCCCCCCUCGAUCGUACAAAGAUCGCUCACCUUCUUUAUCCGCAUUUGUGCGCUCCUCCCCUCACGGCUCCCUGGGCUCUGUAGUAAAUUCUCUGUCGGGCCUAAAGCUGGAUAACAUACUCUCAGGACCCAAGAUCGAUGUCCUGAAAUCCAGUAUGAAGCAGGCUGCCACAGUAGCCAGUAAGAUGUGGGUGGCAGUAGCGUCUGCCUACAACUACUCAGAUGAUGAGGAGGAACCUAGUAGAGAUUACAGCUUCCCAGCUGGCCUAGAAGACCAUAUUUUGGGAGAGAACAUAUUGCCUAACACGAGUAUUUCAGGCUUGGUCUCCAGUGAACUUACCCAGAGCAACACAAGCCUUGGCAGCAGCAGCAGCAGUGGAGAUGUAGGAAAGCUGCACUACCCAGCAGGUGAAGUUCCAUAUCCAAGAGGCAUAAAAGGGCAGGAUUUUGAAAAAUCAGAGCAGGGAUCUUCUCAAAAUACUAGCAUGUCUAGCAUCUAUCAGAAUUGUGCAAUGGAGGUUUUGAUGUCAAGUUGUUCCCAGUGCAGAGUUUGUGGAGCUUUGGUUUAUGAUGAAGAGAUUAUGGCUGGAUGGACUGCCAAUGAUUCUAAUCUGAACACCACCUGUCCGUUCUGUAAAAGCAAUUUCUUGCCUCUUCUCAACGUAGAAUUUAAAGACUUGAGGAACUCUGCAAGCUUUUUCUUGAAACCAAGUACCUCUGGUGACAGUUUACAGAGUGGCAAUGUCCCAUCGGCCACUGACCCCCUGGAGCACAAACCCGUCUCCAGUGCUGCAGAAACUGACUUGAUGACCUUCCUGGAUUUGCCAAAACACACCCAGACCAUAACUGAAGAAGCGAGCUCUGCAGCUGAAUCAAGUGGUGAACUAACGAGCACCAGUGGAGGUGAUGUCCAAAUGACGACCGUGUCUGCAGCUCCCAACAGCUCAUCAAAGAGAAGUAUAUCUUUGACUCGAAGCCACAGUGUUGGAGGCCCCUUGCAAAACAUUGAUUUUUCCCAGCGACCGUUUCAUGGCAUUUCAACCGUUAGUCUUCCAAAUAGUUUGCAGGAAGUUGUGGACCCUUCAGGGAGUAGGCCGAAUCCUCCCCCGGUGUCUGUGCCCUACCUGAGUCCUUUAGUGCUUCGUAAAGAACUCGAAUCUCUGCUGGAAAAUGAAGGGGAUCAGGUGAUUCACACGUCCUCUUUCAUCAAUCAACAUCCGAUCAUAUUCUGGAACCUCGUUUGGUAUUUCAGACGUUUGGACCUACCUAGUAACUUGCCAGGACUUAUCCUCACCUCCGAACAUUGCAAUGAAGGUGUCCAGCUCCCUCUGACGUCUCUGUCCCAGGACAGCAGACUUGUGUAUAUCCAGCUGUUGUGGGAUAAUGUCAAUCUCCAUCAGGAACCAGGAGAACCGCUCUAUGUGUCAUGGAGGAAUCUUAAUUCUGAGAGGAAGCUGUCCCUCCUGUCGGAGGAGCACCAAGCAACGAGCACGUUAGUGGACCGCAUCAGGCAGAGCAUUCAGCACAAUGAUGUUCUGAAGCCCAUCAGCCUGCUUUCACAGCACUUGAAACCAGACACGAAAAGACAAAGGAGCUUAUACAGAGAAAUCCUUUUCUUAUCAUUAGUAUCCCUUGGAAGAGAGAAUAUUGAUAUUGAGGCAUUUGACAACGAGUAUGAACUUGCAUAUAGAAAUCUAUCUUCGGAGAUUGUUGAAAAGUUGCAGAAAAUUGAUGCUCCCCCAAGUAGCAGCGUGGAGUGGUGCAGGAAGUGCUUUGGUGCACCUCUUAUUUAAAGAGAUGAACUCCCUUCUGGGGAUAAUACGUAAUGAAUUGUAAUUCAGACCGAAUCAUCUUGCAAUGUAAAAUGUCCCAGGACUUACUGACAUUGAAGACUUCUUAUGUCAACUUCUGAAGUUUCUCAAACUCUGCUGAAAACCAAUUUCGUAUUCGCUGGAUCUUGAUAAGAAGCCAUACUCCUUAUCCUAAGCAUUUUGUUAAUAAUGUAGUUGGAGCUACUGGGUGUGGGGAAUGGCAAAUCAGUGUAAAGAUGCCUAGCCCAGAAAUGAACUUUCUCAAUUAUAAGAGCAACUAUUUGUGUUUGUGUAUAUAAAGGUUUGUGGCUGUGUAGAUAUGUGUGGAUACAGCCACAUUAUAAGUGUAUAUUUAUUGAAAUUUAGAUUGCAUGUUGCAAUGCAGUUUUCUGAAAGGGGUCUUAUUGACUGUUAAAGAAAUGGCUACACUAAACUGGUCUGUAGUCAGUCAUCUCAAAAUUACCUGGAAGUCUGCUGGCAACUGCCGUGCCUCUGGCUUUAAAUUUAAUAUAUACUUUACUUUCAUGUUAUGUUUACUUAAUGGAUUGUUUUGAAUAUCGUUACUUCCUCACAUCAUUUCCCAAGACCAUGUUAGUUUGCUUUAAAUCUUCAAAAUUGGAAUGAGCCAGUGAAAUAGUAAAAUGAAUUUGGCAACGUAAUUUAUAAGUUUAAUUGAACCAUGCUUAAAAUGCAGUUGAUUUUUGACCUAAAAGCUUUGUCCAGACACACAAAUCCUUGCUCUUGCUCACUUUUGAAAACCUGUGGGAUAAACUUGCACUGCAGUUUUAUUCAUGUAUGAUACUUAGUCUGUAUGCCUGUGAGUGAAAAUGCACAUCUGUAAAUAAUAUUUUUUAGAUUGAAUCAAUUAAGCUGUAAAACUUAAAGCUUGUUGGGCUUGUCGUCAGUAGGUGUAAUCGUGACGUCAGCGCGUUUCAUUUAGACCUUUAUCAUGUCUUUUUGUUCAAAACGUCCUUAGAAGCAGCAGGUUUGCCUUGGCUCAUUCUCGGGAAAACCAGUAGUGGUGUGUGGAGAUGGUGUUGUUAGGUCCAUCUGCUGUCACACAUUAGCUGUUGACUAAAACAGUUCAUAAACAAGACAACUACUGGGCAAUACAAUCUAGUAGCACAACCACCCCCAGCCCAACCCACCCUGCCUCCUGGUGUAACCUAUGUAAAGUUCCUGUGCUCCUUCACUGUGGGGCCAGAAGAGCAGCAGUGUGAAGAGUCAAAGUGAAGGACUUGUCAGAAAUCAUGUACAGUUCUCAUUACUUCACAAUGGACCCUCUGCACUGACUCGUUUUCUGAAUAUCAAUUUUUGCAACUAAGAUUUGGCACUAGUUUUAAUACUUACCCUAAAGAAAAGCUUGGCAUUCACAUAGCAAUAUUAGAUUUAAACCCUCCCCCCCAAAAUAGAGAUUAAAUAAAAUGUAUAAUUUUGAGUUUACUGUGAUUGUGUGGCAUUAGUAAUCUGUCCAUUCCUUUGAAGUCUUCAUAAUGAACUAAGUUAUUAGCAUAGUACUUGUUUGUGGCUUUAAAAAAAUAAUCUUUAAUGAAGAAAUCCUUAAACACUAUGAUGUAUCAUUUGCUUUAACUACCAAAGAACUCUACCAUCUUGUUUAGAACGUGUGCUUUCAUCAUAACACAUACAUUCUGUAGUAACUAUGUAACAUUUAAAGUAACUUAAAAAUUUUAAGAUGUCUUGCAAACCUUGGAAAAAUUCUAUAUAAAAUUUGCAUCAGGCAGUUGAGAAGUUUAGAUCAGCAACAUUGCUUUCCUUCAGACCUGUUUAUAUCUUGGAAACAUUAACAUGUUGGUGUCCAGGUCUGACCCACCACAAGGGUCACCAACUGCCCUUGAGACCAUCCUGAUUCAGAGUGGCCAUACCAACAGCUCCAUAGCUUCCAUGGCUACACAUCUUGAGGGAAGGAUGCUGCAUCUUUCUCCUAUGGAGCACCUGGUGGGUGUGAACCACCAGACCUUUUGGUUAGCAUCCUGCUUAAUCCACUGUGCACACCACAUUGUAUCUAUGGUGAGAAUUAGAAAUUGACUCCUACUUGAGUACUGGAAGCAGUCUUGAGCCAGUUGCUUAGUAUAACCAAAUUUGAUUACUGGCCAUGAUGAGAAAGUUCGAUUAAGAACACCUUUGUGUUUAAUGUGCCCACACUCCAUUCUCAAUAGAAAAGCAAGUAGUUUGCACUUGUGCAUCAGUGUGGAGCAGGUCCUGGUUUGGUUUUCAGGACAUUAAAAGUUGGCUUUGUUGCUAGUUAACUUUUUAAAAUGCUGUUGCCCCCUGUAGCUUAACAUUUCACAAUUUCAGCUUAUUAACAUCAGUUGCUAGAUUUACCUGUAUCAACUUUGUAACUCCAUGCAUGAAGUGGCAGUGUGGGAACCUCGGUGUAGGAACUGGCCAUUAGCCUCACCUGGGAGCAGCUUAGAAAUUGUGGACUCAGGGCCCCAUGCAGGAACCUACUGAACCAUGACCUGCCUUGCACCAGUCACAUGUCUGAAUUUUGGUUGUCUCAGCGACUUUAAAAUUACACUCGUGGUUAAGCACAUUCUUUAAAUGAAUUUUCUCCCUACCUUUAAAGCCUAUUGUGCCUUCUUUUCAGGAUCUUGUCUGGAAAUGCUGAGAUUUCAAUUACUACAGAAAGCUGACGUGGUACUCUCACUGUGCACGCUUUGUUGGCGCAGGUGUUUGUCUAUAAAAGCAGUCAACUUUUCAGGGUGUAGAAGAGUGAAAGCAUAGAAAAGCUAACAAUUCACUAGUUGAAAAGCUUUGUUAAUGCAAUAAAUUUGCACUGGUUUAAAAGAAGCUUUGUGAACUUAAAAUGGUAUCCAUUAACUAUGCUUUAACAAAAUUUUUUUUACUAUGACAAAUGUCCAUCUUCACAAGGGCACUUUUCAUGUAUUAAAUUUUGUAUAGAUGUUUUUAAAAAGCUUAUAUUCUUCAAAAUAAAGCAUACAAAAGAUU